AUUUCUUGAAUUCCUAGAUGUGUCUGGUCGCUUUCAUAGAAGUUUUCAACAGUUACGCUCGUUACUUGCCUCAACAUUGCUAGUAAAUGGCGUCCAUCUUCGGGCCAUCGGAGGAAAAAACUAACGGUACGAAGUUAGCGCGACUGCUAGUUGAUGGAGGUACACAAGCGCUCAGGAACGUUUUAGAGUCUUUCAUACAUCCGCCUUCAACACUGCAAAUUAUGUUAAACAACAACAUGGCGACCCUCACCAACUUAAAGAGCAGACGUAAAUUAUAUGAUAGCCAGUGGGAAAAGCUAUUUCCUCCAUCGGGUGGCCCACCAGACUUAAACACAUUUGAUAUCACUCUUCUACAUUUACUGCUUCGUGAAAUCUGUCCCACUUUGAUUGAACCUGCAACAGGAUGGCACGACAUGCCAGCAGAAACAGAUCACAGUCGUGAAGCCGAGAUCGUCCGGAUUAAAUGCUUGCGAAAUAGCCUGUGUCAUAGUAUUUCCACCGGUGUUCCUAAUGACGAGUUUGAAGACAAAUGGAACACAAUUUCUCAUUCUUUAGUAGCCUUAGGGCUCGAUCAGCUGGAAAUAAACCGCCUAAAAGCAGAGGACAUCGAUCAUGGUACACAGCGACGAAUCGAUGAAGAAGUGAGGAAAUGGAAGCUUGAAUUUGAACCAAGAAUGACGAACUUAGAGCAAGACCUUAAACAGUUAAAAUUGGAUAUUUCAAGCAAUCAACAACAUAUUUCCGCGCCACGCGUUACUCGAGAGCUUCUCAAUUGUCUUCCAGAUGAGAUUCACCAUGUGUUUGGUCGUUCAGAAGAAAUCAAACGAGCCAUAGAGGCUAUUCAAAGUGGAACAGUUUCUAUUGUGUCUUUAACAGGUGGACCGGGCUUCGGGAAGACCACUGUGGCCAACAAAGUGGCCCAUGAGCUUACCAAGGCAGAAUACAACAGGAAGGUUUUAUACUGCUCACUUCUAUCCCAAGCAUCCCUCAAGGACAUAGCAACCACAAUGUUCCUUAUCUGUAGUAACAGCCACUCUCAGCCGCCUGAAAAUCCUAAACUUUGGCUUCUUAAUUGGAGCAAACAGCAAUAUGAGAAAGUAACAUUGAUUCUAGACAAUGCAGAUCACGUUCUCGAGUCUGGAGAUCGACAAGAGUUUGUUAACAUGUUGCAAGAUUUGAGGACCUACUCAAGGCAAAGUCUAACCUUUAUUAUUACUUCUAGAAAGACAGUAAAUACGUCUAGUUGUGGUUUCAAGAUAGAAAAUAUCAGAUUAACCAGUUUGUCUUUAGAUGAGGCAGAAAAGGUCCUUCUUUCUCGGACUGACCAUGUGAAACAAAAGCUUUCCCAAACGACGAAAAUUGUUGAAUUGUGUGGCCACAUCCCUUUGGCGCUUUGUAUCGUUGGCUCGUUGCUCUCAGAAUUCAAAGAGGUGAGAUUGAUUAAAAGUCUUGAAAAAAAACCUUUAGAUGUUCUUCAAGACGAUGAAAUUUCCGUCGAAAACGCCAUCAAGACUUCAUUUGAUCUCCUGACCCCAACGGAACAAAAGGCGCUGGCAGUCAUGUCUGUGUUUCCAGGUUCUUUUGAUUUCGAUGCUGCUGAGGCUGUAAUUACGACAGGAAUGGACACUGAUGCUGAUCCAAUUGUAAUUCUCCGCUCACUAAGAAACCGGUCUCUUUUAGAACAACCAAGUUCAAAUCGAUACCAAAUUCAUCAGCUCAUCCAAGCCUUUUCAAAGAGAGUUGGUCAAGCAAGCUUUUCCGAAACAAUUCUCCAUGUAGAACAACUGGCAUGUACCUACUUUAUCUGUCGUCUCGCUGAAAAUGCAAACUUAUACUGGAGCAAAGACAAAUGCAAAGAAUCUAUUCUAAACUUCAAUGAAGACAGACACAACUUCGAGCAUUUUUUGGAAGUUUACGUUGACAUAAUCGAUAAACUUGAUACAAUUUCAGAUUCCCCUCAAGUACCUUCGGACAAGUUUCUCGAAAAUUUUCCACAAAAGUGUAUGUAUUUAGAAAUGUGUCUUUUACCAAGUUUUUACGUUGCCUUCCUCGAAAAACUUUUGAAGUACUUUGAAACCGAAUUUGUCCCACUACACAUUGUUGAACUUUUAUGUCUACUUGGGCACGAAAAGAGGAAAAUCGGCUGUCAAGAACAAUAUCAAAAUCUUAUGGAACGAGCUAAGGAAGUUUUUAUCAGAACUUGCACAGCUUUUAAAGAAUAUGCCGGUUUAUCACAAGUCCUUUUCUUGAACAGUUACGCACGGUUCCUUAGUACAAAGCCUCAGCACUUACCUCGUGAAUGGACUUCGCAACUAAUUAGUGAUGUUUACGGAAUAGCCAUGAAUUUGUGCCAGAAAAAGUUAGAUAAACAUCCAGAAACUGCAGCGACCUUGCUAUUCUAUGGUUGGCAUCAGAAAAAAAUAGAGCUACUUCAGGAAGCAAUGGAUCUUUUCCAAGAUUGCCUCGGGAAUCAUUUUAUGACUGCUCAAUGUCAUAAAUACAUUGCAGACCUCUAUUUCAGAUGUUAUUUCCCUGACGAAAAUCCCGCUGGAUUAGACCAAUGUUUCGAACAUUAUGGAGCUGCACUGACUAUGAUGGAGAAUCUUGGUGUGGGUGAUCACAAGGAGAGUAUUUUGACCUUAAAAAAGUUCGCACUCUGUCAUCAAAGGAAAGGAAACUAUGAAGAGGCCAUCAAUAUCCUUACGAAAGCAAAAGGAAUCGCUGAGACCGAACUAGAGGAGGAUCACAAAUGGAAAGUUAUGAUUGAAAGUCAGUUGGCUCUUCUAUAUGAAUGCAUUGGAAACGUAGAAGAAGCGAAAGAAAUUAUGAGGAAAGGACUUGACAUGAACGAACGACUAAACCAGCCAAUAGAUCAGCUAUCGAACAAAAGGGAGAUCAAUGAAUUCCUUGAUCGUCAUCCAGAGCUCAGCCGUGUUCGUAUGAGACCGUCCUCGCGUAAAUGAGAUUGACAGAUAGAGACGCCUGACAUGGUUUUUGUUUAAAAGCUGAGACACAAUUAGCGGGUUAAUUUAGAUUAUUCCACUGAGUUGAUAACCUAAAUUGGCUACCGUAAAGAUCGAGUUUCUGAGCUGACGUUUCGAGCGUCAGCCCUUCGUCAGAGAAAAUAGAGAAAUUGUGGGUCGAGCAUAAAUUAGCUGUUGAGCGUAAAUAGUGAUCGCUGAGUAUUCGACAAGAUUCGUUUUUAGAGUAUAUAUUAGCGUUAAUAAAUGAGAAAAUGCUCGAUUUUAGGUCUGUAUAGAUUCUUGAUAGAGAGGCUAAGAUUUUGUUUAAACUGUUUACGUUUACGCAAAUAAUGAGGUCGUCCACAAACAUA